ACGGGAGGCUCCGGCAGUGCCCCGCACUUCAGCGCUCUGACCGGACUGCGAGCGGAGCUGAGCGCAGCAGCCCCGAGCCUUGAACCCCUUUAACCCGCCGCCGCCCAGGCUCGCUCUCCCCUCCCCCCGGGUCUUGUCCCUCCAGCAGCUGGGGCCGCCGCCAUGGUGAAAGUGUCGUUUAACUCCGCCUUGGCGCAGAAGGAGGCAGCCAAGAAGGACGAGGAGAACAGCCAGGUGCUCAUCCUGGGCCCGGACCCCAAGGACCCUGAAGCUGUGGUGCCUGUUGGACAGAGGAGAGCUUGGUGUUGGUGUAUGUGCUUUGGAGUGGCUUUUAUGCUUGCUGGUGUGAUACUUGGUGGUGCCUAUCUGUACAAAUAUUUUGCAUUCCAGCAAGGUGGUGUGUAUUUCUGUGGAAUAAAAUAUAUUGAAGAUGACUUAACUCUGACUGAGUCUGAUGCACGUGCUCCAGCAGCUCGCUACCAGACAAUUGAGCAAAACAUUCAGAUCCUUGAGGAGGAUGAUGUUGAAUUCAUCAGUGUGCCUGUCCCAGAAUUUGCUGACAGUGAUCCAGCAGACAUUGUUCAUGAUUUCCACCGGAGACUCACAGCCUACCUCGACCUUAGCUUGGAUAAGUGCUAUGUGAUUCCUCUGAACACUUCAGUUGUUAUGCCACCAAAAAAUUUCUUGGAGUUGCUGAUCAACAUAAAGGCUGGAACAUACUUGCCUCAGUCCUAUCUGAUUCAUGAACAGAUGAUUGUUACUGAUCGCAUUGAAAAUGUGGAUCAGUUGGGGUUCUUUAUUUAUCGUCUGUGCCGUGGCAAGGAAACCUAUAAACUACAGCGCAAAGAAACCAUGAAAGGAAUUCAAAAGCGUGAAGCCACCAAUUGCCGAAAGAUUCGACACUUUGAGAAUAGGUUUGCUAUAGAAACGCUCAUUUGUGAACAGUAAUGGAGAAUAUUACUGUAACAGAAGACUGAAAGAUUACAGUAUGAUCCCACUUUGUAUUGUGUGCAGUGAUUAUUUUUUAAAAUCUUCUUUGACGUAAGUAGUGGACAGGGCUUUAUUGCUGAACAUCUUAAACUUUUCAUCUCAUGAUAAAUUUUAAAUAUGUUUUAGGGUUUUUUCUUAUUUUCAAGUGUGAUGCCCUUUUUAUAUUUGAAUAGCAAUUGUAUAAUGUCUUAGUUACUAGUGCAUUUCAUGUGAUGAAUCUUGAAUACUACGAGGAAGAUAAAGUCUCUGAAAUAUCUGCCAGUUUUAAUUAAGUAAAAUUGAAAAGAAUUAUUAAUCUGGAGAAAAAUAUGUACAAACGGACUGAAAGAACUAUUUCUAACUGUAAUAUUCUAAGCUAUAUAGUUUGUUACAGCAUAUAGAUAAACAUAUAUUUGAAUUUCCCCUCACUAAAAUGUGCAAUUUGUUUUUUUUAAAUAUUGUCAUAUUUACCUUUUUCAAAUUGAUUUCUGACUUGAUGUUUUAAUAUGGCAAGUGUCUCCUGUAACUAUCUUUAGAAAAUGUAAGGAAAUUAAGCAGUAACUUGUUACUAACUUUUAUAUAAUCCAUGUAUGUGCAAUGGAAAAUAAAUCUUACAAACCUGUUUGUCUAAAAGUCUUCUUGGGUUCUCUUUUGCUAUAGUUAAUUUAGGGAAAAAUUAAUGCUUGUUCCACAUGAAUGAAGCCAUAUAUUCUCCAGAAAUUUGACAGAAUUAGAUGAUUUGUCCCACCAAUAGCUUUCUUAGAUGAGUGGUGAAAUUAAAUCAAAAUACAGUACAUUAUUGUAAUAUGGAAGAUCAACAAGAAGCACACUGUUCAUUUUGGCUGUUCAUUUAAAAUGAGUAUUGUGCUAUCCAUUUAAAUUGUGUGUUUUUUACACUGCACAUACCAUAAUAAGAGAAGACCUAAGGUUGGCUUACUCAUCAUAGUUGGUUAAUUUUUAAUAAACUCUUGUUCUAUCACCAUAAUUUACUGUCAUUGUAUAUUAUUAAAUCUGCAUAUUGCAUUCAAUAGCUGUAUAAUACAAAGCAUUCAUACUAAUUAUGAAGAUAGGAUUGUGUCAGCCAUGGCAAAGGUAUGCAAGUGUAUUAGCAAAGUUGUUGGCCAUCAGUGUUAAACUGCUUUAUAUAAUGAUCAGUUUUUAAUAAAGCACAUUAAGCCUUGA